AUGGCUAGUGAUGAUGUAGAUAAUUUUCUUACACGUUUAAGUCGCAAGCGUGCUAGAGAUGAUGAAGAAAAUAGGGACAAAAUGUCAAUUAUUCUUGGUACCAUUACAUCUGUCAUUGUUUUAGUUGUAGCAUGGGAGUUUGACUGUAUUGAACAAUUACGAGUUAGCAAGAAUGCAUUUAAGAGUUUAUGCACUAUUUUGCAUGGAAAAGGUGGAUUGACUCCAACAAGAAAUGUUUCAAUUGAAGAGUCUGUGGCUAUUUUCUUAAAUAUACUUGCGCACAACUUGAAGUUUAGGGUCAUUGGUUUUGACUACUAUCGCUCUAAAGAAACAAUUAGUCGACAAUUUAAUAGUGUGUUGCAUGCUAUGAUGAGAAUAAGUGAAGAGUACUUGAAACUUCAUCCAUGUGCUAUAGGGGCACUAGAUGGAACUCACAUUCCAGUAACAGUGUUUGCUGACGACAGACCAAGAUAUCAAAAUAGAAAGGAAGAUAUUUCCACCAAUGUUUUAGGAGUUUGUGAUCCAAAUCUAAAAUUCAUCUAUGUACUAUCCGGAUGGGAGGGUUCUGCUUCUGACGCUCGUGUUUUGCGAGAUGCUUUAGCCAGGGAUAAUCCGUUUCAAGUCCCAAAUGAUAAGUAUUAUCUUGUGGAUGCGGGAUACGCUAAUGGACAAGGUUUUUGGGCACCGUACAGAGGAACUAGGUAUCACUUAAAUGAAUAG